AGAGAACCUCAGAGUUUCGACGUUCGUUAUUUCGCUUCAAGUUUAUUGUUUAAAUGCAGAUAGUGCAGAAACUCACAAGAGCCUCAGCAAAGUUUUAGGAAAUUUUCGUUAUUUUGCAGAAGUGAUGUCUCAGUCAAAGAAAAUGCUUUAUACAUUUGUUUGGUUCUGUUUGUAUUAUGAACGCCUGUUUGGUGUGUUUGGUGUUGAGACGGGGGAAAUAAAAAAGGCGAUGGAGGGAGAUUCUGUUACUCUGAACAUUAGGGUGCAAAAAGGUGAGGAACUACUUUGGAUGUUUGGUCUUGAAGAGACUCUAAUUGCUCAAAUCAAUAAGAAGGAUGGAGUCUUCAACACAUAUGAAGAUGCUGAUCGUGGGAGAUUCAGAGGCAGACUGGAGCUGGACUAUGAAACUGGAUCUCUGACCAUCACAAACAUCAGAACUGAUCAUGCUGGACUUUAUCAACUACAGAUCAUCAGUAAAACGGUCUCAUACAAGACAUUCACAGUUUCUGUAUAUGCUCGUCUGCCUAUUCCUGGCAUCACCAGAGACUAUUCACAAUGUUCUUCUUCAUCAUCAUCAUCAGGAUCAUCAGUGUCCAAAUGUUCACUGGUGUGUUCAGUGUUGAAUGUGGGUCAUGUGACUCUCUCCUGGUACGCAGGAAUCAGUGUAUUGUCCAACAUCAGUGUGUCUGAUCUCAGCAUCAGUCUCUCUCUACCUCUGGAUGUGGACUAUCAGGAUAACAACACUUACAGCUGUGUGCUGAACAAUCCCAUCAGCAACCAGACCACACAUCUGGACAUCAGAGAACUCUGUCAGCCAUGUCCAGCUCCUCUGCCAAUUCCUGUCAUCAGCAGAGACUCUCCACAAUGUUCUUCUUCGUCAUCGUCAUCAAAUUGUUCACUGGUGUGUUCAGUGUUCAAUGUGAGUGAUGUGACUCUCUCCUGGUACAAAGGAACGAGUGUAUUGUCCAGCAUCAGUGCGUCUGAUCUCAGCAUCAGUCUCUCUCUACCUCUGGAGGUGGAAUAUCAGGAUAACAACACUUACAGCUGUGUGAUCAACAAUCCUGUCAGCAACCAGACCACACAUCUGGACAUCAACACACUCUGCCACACAUGUGCAGGCCGGGUCCACUGUUGUGGUUUUACUGAAACUAUCAUCCGAUUGGCUGUCUCUGUUCUGGUGGGCGUUGCUACUGUUGCUGUGGUGGUUUAUGAUAUCAGAUCUAGAAGAUAUUAUCAAAAGAGGAGAGAGCAAACACCACCUCAAUCACAUGAAGGUGAAUAUGAUGAUGUCACAUCAGGUCACUAGGGGGCGAUGAUGUUGAGAUGUAUUUUAUGUCUCAGGAAUAUUCCCGGCAUCUCAAACUCUAUGCAUGCUGUCAAUCAUAGAAAAUAAAAUCCACAAAAUGAAAAACUUGAAAACCAAUGCUCUUAUCAACGGACAGUGUGUUUCAUAACUGAUCAUACUGCCAUCUGGUGGUUGUUUUUGCUACAAACUGUUUUGCUAUUAAAGAACAGCUGUAUCUGUUAUUUCAAACAUUUUCUUUUACUUUUAAUGUAAGUUUUAGGUAACAAU